AUAGAGAGAGGCGUGGGGAAGGGGAUUGUUUCACGGGUAAGGUUAGAAAAUUAAUGCGCAGGUGCAAAGUGCAAAGCAAGUAGCGGAUUGCCCACGCUCUCUCUCCACACAAACAAACAAGAAGACGUCUUCUCUCUCUCUUCCAUUCAUUUCCUGUCUUUCUUCUGUUGUGUUUCAUUGAAGCAGGAGGAAGUCAUAGGUAGAGACUGAGUGUCUUGCACACUCUCUCUCUUUCAUCCACAACAAGACCACGGACUGCGUUUCUUCCUUUCCCCUGUUCUUCUCUGCUGCUUGCUAUCUUUUGAAUUAUGUUGUUAAGGCUAUAAACUCGCAUAUUUUACCAGAAAAACGCACUCCAAUCUCUUUUGACUCUGAACAAAAAUAUGUAAAGAGGAAGCAUCAGUUCUUAAAGAUAAACGAGAAUGCAGCGUGUUAGGGUUUCCUCACACCAAUCCCCUGUUCACAAACUGGGUGCUUCCCAAAUGACCUUAUCCCCCAAAUUCAAGCUCAAUGCCUUCUCUCCUUCUCCCUCAUCUUCUCUAUCAGAAUCUGAAGGAGGAGGAGAAUUUCUGCCUUUAAUUCCUGGGCUUCCGGAUGAUAUCGCCCUCAACUGCCUCCUUCGUAUCCCAGUCCAUGCCCACCCAUUAUGCCGACCGGUGUGCAAACGCUGGCGGUCCCUCCUCCUCAACAAGGAGACCUUCUUCACCCUCCGUCGCCAGCUCGGCCUUGUCGAGCCAUGGCUCUUCGUCUUCUCUUUCCACCGAUGCACUGGAAAGAUCCAGUGGCAGGUACUGGACCUGGUGAGGCUCUGCUGGCAUACUCUUCCCUCCAUGCCCUGCAAGGACAGGGUCUGUCCCCCAGGGUUCGGCUGCAUAGCCAUGUCUGAGCAGGGCGCCCUCUAUGUGUGUGGGGGCAUGCUUUCGGACAUUGACUGCCCCAUGGACCGGGUCCUGAAAUACGAGGUUCACCGGAACCGGUGGACUGUCAUGAACCAUAUGCUCACUCCCCGUUCCUUCUUCGCAAGUGGGAUGAUAAAUGGGCGUAUAUAUGCAGCGGGGGGCAACAGCACUGACCUCUUCGAGCUCAACUCAGCUGAGGUAUUCGACCCCAUGAAGGGUUAUUGGAGGUCAAUUGCCAAAAUGGGGGCAAACAUGGCUUCCUAUGAUGCGGCGGUCUUGGAUGCGAAGCUCUAUGUCACCGAGGGUUGGCUUUGGCCCUUCUCGUUCUCGCCAAGGGGGCAGGUCUAUGACCCAGAGACUGACAAGUGGGAGACCAUGGCUGCAGGAAUGACGGAGGGUUGGACGGGGGCAAGCCUUGUGUUGCACGGGCAUCUUUUUGUGGUUUCAGAGCACGAGAGGAUGAGGCUCAAGGUCUACGAUGUGGAGAGCGAUUCAUGGGAUGCGGUUGAUGGGCCCCCUGUACCGAAGCAGGUUUGUAAGCCCUUCUCUGCCAAUGCCACCAAUGGGAGGAUCUAUGUCGUGGGGAGAAACCUUCAUGUAGCGGUGGGAUAUAUUCGUAUGAGGCCGACAACCAUGGCUACCACAACUGCUGAGGUUGAGAAGAAGAAUGGAAAGAAGGAGAAGGUGUGCUUCUCUGUUUAUUGGAAGGCCAUCGAUGCACCAAGGGCCUUAUGUGAUCUCACCCCCUCGAGCUCGCAGGUUCUUUAUGCUUGACUGACUCUUGAGCCAUUGCAAUUGCCAUCGCCAGCUUUUUCCGUUUCUCUUCUCGUGGUUUUUGUCUUGUUUGAUUAUCUGGUCAAUUUGAACUGUACAGUUAAAAUCAUGUUCACCCUGGCCUUGAUCUGGAAAUUUGGGCUUACCAUGAAACAUAUUCUUAAAACAUAUGCUGGGGAGAAGGUUGUACCCUCACUAAACUAUUGUAUCAGGGAUGUGUACUGAUUAACAUUAUAAAACUUGGAUAGUUGGAUUCCAGACUCAA